AUGGCCCUCCGCCUCCUCCCCCCAUCUCUCCUAAAACCCCUCCUCCUCAAAUCCCCCUCCUACCUCUCCCCUCUCCCCCAACUAAUCCCCAUAAACGCAACCUGGUUCCUCCCCAACGAUCCCCAAAGACGUACAGGAGCCGCAUCCCACAAACUCCUACGAAUCCCUCACUCCCGUUUCUUCGACAUCGACGAAGUCAAAAACCACGCCAUAAACCUCCCGCACAUGUUACCACCGACAAAGGUAUUCGUAGAAGCGAUGAGAAGGUUAAAAAUCCGAAGGGAAGAUCAUUUAGUCUUUUACGAUUCAUACGAACAGGGGAUAUUAGCCGCCCCGAGAGCUGCUUGGACUGCAAAACUUAUGGGACAUGAGAAGGUUUCUGUUUUGAAUAAUUUUAAGGUUUAUGUUAAUGAAGGGUAUGAAGUCGUCAAAGGGGAGGAGGAAGAUAUACUGGACUAUGAGAAAAGGGAAUUAUCACCUGAAGAAGAAUAUCCUGAAAAUAUUACGGCUGAGGUGGAUAGAGUAGUCGCAUUCGAUGAAGUCCUCGCGUUAGCAAAGGAAAAUUUAUCCUUCUUACAAACCGGGAAACUAUCAAAAGACAUUCAAAUCCUAGACGCAAGACCAAACGGUCGUUUCACAGGGAAAGACCCAGAACCUCGCGCCGGAUUAUCCAGCGGUCAUUUACCAGGUUCCAUCAGCGUCCCGUUCGUCAGUUUAUUAGGAAGCAACGGAGAACUCUUGGAUGGUGGGAAAUUGAGAGAGGUACUCGAAAGGGCAGGAGUGAAGGAUGAUGGGAAGACAAAGAUUACAAGUUGUGGAACUGGUGUUACGGCUUCCGUUAUCGAUUUGGCUUUGGAAGAGGCUGGGUUUGGGGAGAGUCUUGGGAAGAGGAGGGUUUAUGAUGGUUCUUGGACCGAGUGGGCUCAGAAGGCGGAUAAGGAAUUGAUCCUGAAGGAUUAG